AUGACGAUCAGAAGAGCAAGAAGCGACAGUGAUGAUGAGACGAAGGCCCCAUCUGCAAAGCACAUCAAAAUCACCAACGGCGAUGCAGAGAUGAAUGGAGAUGACAGCAUGGAAUCUGGAGACGACAACGACGACGCUGAGGGAGCCAACGCUUCUCCUUCUGAGCCUGCACCAGAGAUGCGUAACUUGGAUCUGAAGCCUUUGGAAGCCGAUGUGGAUGGAUUCGUUGAGGGUUCUAUUGUCAAGCUCACAUUAACCAACUUUGUUACCUACGACUAUUGUGAGAUUGCACCUGGCCCUCACAUGAACAUGAUCAUUGGCCCCAAUGGUACUGGUAAAUCCACUAUUGUCUGUGCUAUUGCUUUGGGUUUGGGUGGUACCCCUGCUUUGUUAGGAAGAGCAAGGGAUAUCAAUGAAUUUGUCAAGACAGGUGAAGAUGAAUCCACCAUCAUGAUUGAACUCAAGAAAGUAGGCACCCGUAAUAUCACCAUUUCUCGUUCUUUCAAGAAGAGUGGUAAUUCGAGUAUAUGGAGAAUUAAUGGUAAAAACUGUCCCUCCAGAGAGGUACAGGCUAUCGUCAACGGUUUCAAUAUUCAGGUGGACAAUUUAUGUCAAUUCUUGCCUCAGGAUCGUGUUGCCGAGUUUGCAGAGUUGACACCUCCCUUACUUUUGCAAAGAACCCAAGCAGCAGCUGGUAAAGCCGAAUUACAUGAAAUGCAACAAAAGCUCGUUCGACUUCGUGAUGAUGAAAAGGCAUUGAUGAAGUCUCAUGAAUCCGACCUGUUGCAUCUCAAGUCAAUAAAAGCAAAGAACCAAGAGUUAGAAAGAGAUGUGUUAAGAAUGCAACAACGAGAGAAACUCCAAAAGAACAUCAAGCUACUGGAAUCACAAAUCCCUCUUGUCAAGUACACUGAAUCCAAGGCUAGAUAUGACCGAGCACAGAUUGAUUACGAGGCAGCAAAGGACACUUAUCAGCGUGCCAAGGACGAAGUUGCUCCCAUCAAGAGUCUACUCGACCAAGUUGCAGCAGAAAAGAGAAAAGCGGGCAUUGAGUUGGAUAAAGCAGAGAAUGCCUACAGGACGGGUAUGCGAAAAGUAAAAGAGGUGAUGGAGUCGAUCAAGACAAAGAGAGCUGAAAUCAACAGUACCAAGCGCUCUAUCGAAGAACGCAAGGCCAAAGUUCCCGAGAAAGAACGUGAGAUUGAACGGCUCGAAGCAAAGAUCAAACACAUGGAAGAGCAACUAGCCAAUCGACCCGACGAUGACACCAGCCAAUUUGAAGAUGCCAUUGCCAAGAUCAAUAAGGAACUCUCAGAGUUAAACAUGAAACAGAACGACGUUAAUGGCAGAGGUGACGACGAGAAGAGAAAAAUGAAUCAGCUUGCAGAACGCAUGAAAUACAUGCGAGCAGAACUGGAAAAGCUUGAAAAUGUUAAACAAGCCCGUUUAAAAAAAUUGGUCGCAGCCUAUCCGGAUGUUCUCAAGGGGUACAAUUGGUUAAAGCAAAACAGAGACAAAUUGAAAGGUCGGGUGUAUGAACCAGCUAUUCUUUUGCUCAAUCUCAAGGAUCCAAGAUAUGCUCGCCAGGUUGAAUUUGCUAUGGGCGGCCCUAGAAGUACCCAUCUUAGAUCGUUCAUCUGCGAACAAGAAGACGAUUACAGAUUCAUGACCAGUAUUUUGUUCGAUCAGAUGAAGCUCAAGAUCAACAUCAAUUGGCCUGACCUCGAUCCUAAUCAUGAUUAUCAAAAGCCCUGUGCAAAUAUAGACCAACUCAAAGCUAGAACUGGUUUGGAGCACUUUAUUUCUGAAAUACUUGAAGGGCCAAAAUAUGUGGUGGAUACAAUGUGUCUAGAGUGUCAUCUUGACAAGAUACCCGUUUCUUUGAAUCGUGUUGACGCAAAGGCAAUCGUUGAUAGUGGUCUCUUUCAAAAGUUUACUACUGGUGACACAUUUUACAAUGUAAAGACCAGUCUGUACGGCAGAAAAUCCACGCAAACAAAAACCAGCGUCAUCCCACCCCCUCACUUUCUCGGUAACUCUGUCGACACUGAAGCCCUGGCUUCUCUAAAGGAAGAAAUGAGAGGUAUCCAAGCUAGUCAGCAACAAGGUGAGAUUAAUCUCAAAGAAAUCAGCCGUGAGCACGACACGAUCAAAGCCGCCAUGGCAGAGAAGAGACACGCUAAAGAAGACCAACAAUCACAAAAGAGAGAUGUGCAAAAGAGAAUCCAGGUUUAUGAGCAUGCACUUCGAAGAUGUGAGACAUACAAGAAAGAGUUGGUGGAGAUGAGAAAGCGACCCGAAGAAGACAAAGAGGCAAUCGCUCAAUUGGAGCAAUCGGUGGAACGCAUGAUUGAAGAAGAGGAUGCUGCGUUGAAGAAUCACGCAAAAUACGUUACCAAGGUCAUCGGCUUGUUUGAAGAACGCAAUAAGGCCGCUAUGCUGUCCCACUUUAUGGACUCCAAGGACCAUGCCAUCAAUGCAUACGCAUCAUCUCAAACAGAGAACCUGGAAGAAGCUAAAAGAAAUUUGAACAUAUUCAAAAACGCCUUCUUGCAAGCUCAAAGAGAAACCAAAGAGUGCAUGAAUGCCACAAAGAAUGCUGGAAGAGAUUUGCCUGAAGACCUGAUAGAAGAGUAUAACGAAAUCGUGCUUAAAUGGAGACAAGCCGAAGGUGGGUUGCAGACAACCCUUAUAGAAUUAGAGAGUCGUAUUGCAGAGGAACAGGGCAAGGUUGCUGGUAUUCGUUUUGCUAAUGCAAAUGCCAUGGACCAUUAUCAAGACAGAAAGAAGAGUAUUGAAGCAUAUGAGGCCAAGGCAGAACAGACGAGAGCUACUCUGGAGAAUAUGCGUAAUCAAAUUCAAACCCUCAAGGGUCAAUGGGCUCCGCUCAUCAAGGAACUGGUCGCUCGUAUCGAUGAAAAGUUCUCUGCUGCCUUCAGCCGUAUCAAGUGUGCUGGUGCCAUUCAGUUGGAAGAGUCAGAAGACUUUGACAAGUGGGGUAUCAACAUUCUUGUCAAGUUCAGAGAUGCAGAGAAACUGCAACUCUUGACUGGCCAAAGACAAUCGGGUGGUGAGAGAUCCGUUUCUACUAUUCUCUACUUGAUGUCACUGCAAGAUUUGGCUGCGUCUCCUUUCCGUGUGGUAGAUGAGAUCAAUCAGGGUAUGGACCCUCGUAACGAACGUAUGAUUCAUGAGCAAAUUGUACAAAGUGCCACUCGUGAAGGAACCUCACAGUACUUUUUGAUUACACCCAAAUUAUUGCCUGAUCUGUUCUACAAUGAUAGAAUGCGUGUGCUUUGUAUUUAUAACAGUGAAUGGUUGCCCGAGAAGAUCAAGCCAUUGCAAGCUUAUCUAGAUCAUGCAAAAGCCACUGGAGUGUUGUGA